AUGGCUAAUAGGAAAGUUGUGCUUAAUGUUUUCUUCUUCUUCUUGUUUUGCAUUGGCAUUUGCUCUGCCACUAGAUCACUUUUUAACUAUGGAAGUGGUAAUGGUGGUGGUGAACAUGUAGUAGUCCCUACAUAUGGUGGUGGUGGUUCGGGUUCAGGGGGUGGUAGUGGGAGCGGGUAUGGAGGAGGAGGUGAGCAUGGUGCAGGAUAUGGUGGUGGUGGCGGUGGAGGACAUGGUGGUGGAGGUGGAUUUGCCACCGGUGGAUAUGUUCCUAGUUAUGGAGGUAGUGGUGGUGGUGAAGGUGGUGGUUCCGGGUAUGGUGGAGGUGGUAGUGGUAGUGGAGGGUAUGGAGGUGGAGGUGGUGGAGGGAGUGGAGGUGGGAGUGGUGGAUACUAUGGAGGUGGUGUGGAGCAUGGUGGAGGUUAUGGUGGUGGUGCCGGUGGCGGAAGUGGUGCUGGAUAUGGAGGAGGAGGUGAACAUGGUGGUGGAUACGCUGGCGGGAGUGGAGGUGGACAUGGUGGUGGCGGGGGUGGAGGAAUAGGAGGAGGUGGAUAUGGAAGUGGUGGUGGUGGUGGUGCAGGUGAAGGUGGUGGCUCAGGGGGAGCAUAUAGUGGUGGUGGUGCUGUUUAA